AUGGACAGAUUCAUUCUGUAUAAACCAAAUGGACUUUUAAGUAGAGCUCACUUCGCGAAACUGGCAAAUCAUGUUAAUUACAUAAAUGUUAUGACGUAUGAUUAUCAUUUUGAACGGUUUGUCGGAGUAGCACCAUUCGAAUGGGUGCGUUUCAAUCUGGAGUAUGUGUUAUCCAGUUCACCUGGGAUUGCAUCCAAAAUUCUCAUGGGCGUUAAUUUUUAUGGAUACGUUAAUGAGCAGAAUACAAUGAAAGCAGUUACUGGGAAAGACUAUUUGGAAUUUUUAAAUUCAAACUGGGCAGCACUGGAGUGGAAUUCAGUGACGAAAGAGCAUUUACUCAAAACUGGGAAUCAUGGUAUGUGCUUUUAUCCGACGACAGUAUCCCUAAAAGCUAGGCUCGAGCUUGCCGACGUUUUGGAUGUCGGAAUAGGUAUCUGGGAGCUUGGCCAAGGACUCAACUAUUUCACCUGCUUGCUUUGA